GUGUCAGUUCUCCUUUCUUCUUCUGUGGAGACAUUGUUGCUCAAGACACUGCGUGCAUGGUCUAACGAGUCCAGCAGACAGAAGCUGACGGAAGCGCUGUCAAGCCAAUCCGCCACUUUGGAAGAUCUGAAAGAAGAGCUUCUGCAAGCCCGGUCCAGUGAGUCCGAGCGCCUUGCGUCCCUACGGGAGGAGCUCCGGGCACGGUCCGACUGCAUCGCCGAGCUCCAAUCAAGGGAUUCUGACCGCUGCUUGGAGUUGGAGAACUUGUUGGCUGAAUCGAGGCAGCAAACAUCCAGGGCGAAGACAGAAGCACAGGAGGAGCAUGCUGCGCCGGCCUUCGACUCGGCAUCUGCACAAGCUCGGGCAAUGGAACUGGCUUAUGGUCGCCGAGAGGAGGCAACACGGCGCAUGCUGUCCAGUCUCUUUGCCUCACAACUGGAGUCCCUGCUGCGACAAGUCAUGGAUGCCUGGCGCGCUGCCAAGGCGGAACGCUUGCAGCUGGAUUCUGUGGAAAAGCAGACACAGGAGGUGGAGAUGAUGAGGACACAGUUGCAAGAUCUUC